AUCUCAGGAAAUGUCUCGUAACUUCUGCUUUUCCCAACACUCUGUGUUUUGUGCCAACGUGAAACCAUUUAAUAUCCUUACACCGGCGGCUGGAUCGGCAGGAGAGAGCAGAGGCCUUGCGGGUUGAGCCGGCAGGAUGGCCGUCAGCCUGUUCAUUGUAUUGAUGAGCGUCCCGCUGGUCAGAUCCCAGAGUUGUGUUGCAACCUUGCCAGGUGUUCCAGGGAUCCCGGGAAUUCCAGGUCGGGACGGAGAAGAUGGUAAAGAUGGAGAUAAAGGAGAUGUAGGUCCCCCAGGUCAGUUUGAAGGCUGGAAUAUCAAGGAGUAUGCAGGUGAACCUGGCCCACCAGGUAACCCUGGCAAAGUAGGGCCAAAAGGACCCAUGGGAGAGAAAGGCCUUCCUGGUACCAGAGGUCCCCAGGGCUUGAAGGGCGAGUCUGGGGACUAUGAAACAAGUCUGCAGUCCGCCUUCUCUGCAAAGAAAGAGUCCUCUAUAAUCUCUCGCCAGGAGCAGCCCGUCCGCUUCGACAGACUCGCCGUCAACGUCAAUGGACACUUUGACCAGAGGAUCAGCAAAUUCACCUGCCAGAUCCCCGGCAUUUAUUACUUUACAUAUCACGCCAGCUCCAGGGGCCACCUGUGUAUAAAUAUCAUGAGGGGGAAGGGCAAGGGGGCCAAGGUCGUGGGCUUCUGUGACCAAGUGUACAACGUCUUCCAGGUGACCACAGGCGGUGUUGUCCUACAGCUGAAGAAGGGCGAGUCGGUCUGGAUUCAGCCGACAGAAAAGAAUUCUCUGCUGGGGAUGGAGGGGGCAGACUCCAUAUUUUCUGGGUUCCUCCUUUUUCCUGACCCAUCAUAAAAUCCUGUUUAAUGGUAAAAGCAGCUUUUCAGGGCUCAUGAGUCGCAAUCUCUGGUCACUUUGUUCUCUUACCCCCUUAGACUCGCACUCACCCCGCGUUCUCCGUGAACUGCUAUUAAUCUGGUUUUUCUUUGUAUCGAUUUUCUUCAUGAUAUAAUUCCUAAUCACAAAUUCAUGUUUAUUUCUGUAUAAAUUGUGAAAUUUUGUUGGGAAUGUGCAGGAAACGAGCGCUUUACUCUCCUUCCACCCAAAAUAAAGAUGUGAUCAGUGAGUCACGGGCCGGUGCUUAUUGAAGGAUUAACCGGGUAUCACAAACAUUCAUUUAAAACCAAAAAUAUGGUGAUGGAAAUUUCCAGAACUGUAGCUUUCAGGUUUUUUGGGGUUUUUUUACAAAAAACCACAAGCCACAAACGAAUGAUAUGGUAGAAAAAACAUCCACUUUAAUAAAACACGUCGGCCAACGGUAUUUUUUCAUUAA